CCGGAAGUAGGCCUUACAUCGAAAAUAAAUUUUUCAGACUUUCUAGAGUGAUACGUUUGUAACAGUUAGACACUUGAGAAGAUGGCACUGUCGUCAGAUAGUGAGAGUGAAUGCUUCUUUGAUGCCGAGGACGCAUCUCCAGCUCGAAUAACCAGUGAGGAUGCUGCUGAAAUAAGAGCAAGGCUGGCCAGCUCUCCUACUACUAUGCUGGAGGAGGCAGAGAAGAAGCUGCUUGAAGCCAAACGUAUUGCAGAUGAACGCAGAAGAAAAGAAGAUGAGGAGAUUGAAAAACAACUUGAAGAAUUAGAGAAAAAGAAAGAAGAAGCGAAACAAAAGAAAAUAGAAAAGCAACAGAAACUAGCGGCUGAAAAAAGAGCAACAGAAAAUGAAAAAAGGCGGAAAAAAUUAGAUGACAUGCGACGUAUGAUGUCAGACAAUCCUUCACCCGAGACAUCAAGUGAUAGGCCUCCUCCUAAACCUCCAAGGCUAGAUACUGGUCAAGGUGAAGGUGAAACAUCAACCCAGGUUAACAAUAUAUCUGAAACUGACCCAGAUCAAACUUGUGUUAUGGAACUUGUCAAUGAUAAUAAUAGCAAUAGUGUAAAAAUCGACAACACAACUGAGAGCCAAGGUCAAUGUGAAGGCCAUGAGGUCAUGGUGACCAACAUUUCGCCUGAAUCUAGCAAAGAUAACACAAUAAGAAGAAACUUAAAUAUAUCCCUGGAGGAGAAUGAACAUGAAAAAUCACUAUCCAAUAGUAAAAACUUUGCUGAUUUGACAAACAGUGAAUCAAAAGUUAUUGAGAAUAAACUCAGUGAGUCAGAGCCAGAUUUAGUGCAGUGUGUAAACCCUCCAAGAGUAGCAGACGGCCCCACAGGACCAGUGGCUCCACCUAGGAGGAAAAAGAAACCAAAUGAUAGAAAUUCAGCUGAGGGGGUAUCCCUGACUUCAGAGAGUGAACCUAGUCAACCACUCGCUACCCCUACCACCACAGUGUUCAGUCUAACCAAAGAGCUAGAACACUCCUUGGACCUACACAGUGCCACUAGAGGGGAGAGUGUCAUUAGUACAGAGGUUGCGGAUGCUGCAGCUCCCGAAGCCAAUACAUCGGAGGAUCACCAUGGUGAUCAGGGUGAGAAGGAUAGAUCAGAUGAAUUCCAACUAGUUGUACGUAAUUUAGACACGGGUGAGAUGAUGCCAGUAGAUGUAAUAGAAGAGACACUUGCCAGGCAGGCCCAGGCAAAAGCAAAACCAGGCUCUUUAGAUGGUAAUCUGACACUAGAAGCAGCAACAAACAUCCAUUCACCAAACUCAAAGUCAAAUUCUCUUCCAAGACCACGCUCAAAUUCUGGCAGGUUUUUAUCAGAUAAGGAAAUCUUGGAGGCAAUCACUGUGUUAAAUCUUGACACUGGAGAGAUCAUUCCAUUGAGUGUAGCAGAGGAGAAACUGCCCCAAUGUGUCAACCCCAUGGCUUUACAUAUUAUGAGGCGUACCAAAGAGUACUCAAGUGGGUCAAGUUUGCACCGUGAGCGCCAAAGUGACGAUGAUGAUGAUGAGGAUCAUGGGAAAUUACAUGCAGCUGCAAUGAAAACUGGAAAGGAAGUGAAGAAAAAAACGAUAAAAAUCAAGAAAUUCUUGGGGAAAACUGUCAGUAAGAUCAAGUCUAAAGCUGAUGAAGUUCUCCAUGACGACAGCUCAUCUGAUGAAGAAGUGAUAGAUGGCAAACUUGCAUUCUAUAAGAUCAAAGCUUCCAGGAACAACAAAGGACCAUAUGACUUCUUUGGUAUAAAACCUGUCCAGGAUCUUGGAACUAAUAAUGGUGCUGUAUGGACUAUGAAGUUCUCACACUGUGGCAGGUUGUUGGCCACAGGAGGACAAGAUAGUGUUAUAAGAAUAUGGGUGCUCAAAGAUGCGUAUGCCUACUUUGAUGAUAUGAGGCAGAAAUACAGUGAAAGUAAAGUGUCCCCUGCACCUUCUCAGGAAAGUCUAGGCUCAAUGUCAGAAACUCACUCAGAAACAGCCUCAUUAUCAGAUAUUGGGGAUGGAGAUUCCGAGAGUAAGGCAAAAGAGACGAGCGUAGAAGAGGAAGAGGAGGCUGUUGGUGGUGAGGAAGAUGAAGAUCGUCACGCACCAUUUGUUAGAAAGCCAUUUUGUAUUUACCGUGGCCAUACAGCGGAUGUACUGGAUAUAUCUUGGUCUAAGAAUUACUUUGUCUUAUCUUCCUCCAUGGAUAAGACUGUUAGACUGUGGCAUGUGUCCAGAAAGGAAUGCUUAUGUUGUUUCCAACAUAUUGACUUUGUUACUGCCAUAGCGUUCCACCCAAGGGAUGACAGGUAUUUCCUGAGUGGAUCCCUAGAUGGUAAGCUAAGACUCUGGAACAUUCCCGACAAGAAGGUGGCGCUGUGGAAUGAAGUGCGUGAUGGCUCAACGCGGCUCAUUACAGCCGCAAACUUUUGUCAAAAUGGAAAAUUUGCAGUAGUAGGCACUUAUGAUGGGAGGUGUAUAUUCUUUAUAACUGAGCAACUGAAAUAUUUCACACAGAUCCAUGUGAGAUCAACCAGGGGCAAGAAUGCUAAAGGACGCAAGAUCAGUGGAAUAGAGCCACUACCAGGGGAGGAUAAGAUCCUAGUGACAUCCAAUGACUCCAGGAUUCGACUCUAUGACCUGAGAGACCUGAGUCUGACUUCCAAAUACAAAGGUUGUGCCAAUAAUAGCAGUCAAAUAAAAUCCAGUUUUAGUUCCAAUGGUAAAUACAUCAUCUGUGGCAGUGAAGACCACUUUGUGUACAUCUGGAAGACGAAUCAUGAUAAUCAUAAGUUCACCUCAGCCAGGAGAGACAGGAAUGCAUACUGGGAGGGCAUCAAAGCGCACACAGCAGUUGUCACGGCAGCCAUCUUUGCACCAAACCCUGCUCUCAUUAUCAAACCUAAAGAGGGCACCACUGAACAGGUUGAUAAUGAGCGCAAGCGCAAGAAUGAUAAGCAAGAAGGACCAGGAGAGGUGCUAGUAUCAGCUGAUUUCACUGGACUUGUUAAAGUGUUUGUUAAUAAAGUGAAGAGUAAAGAGACAGUGGCAACCUCCAAACAUAAACACUGACAUUCAGAACAUAGUUGAAUAUGUCAUGUCAUUGAUCAUGCUUGAAGCAUGGAAUGAAGUGGAAAUAGAGAGGACGUUUUAGAAAACAAAAUGGAUUCUACAUGCCAUGUAAAGUUUUACAUUCUCUAUUCAUUCUAGUUCAUUUAGGUGAAAUAGAACUUCUUUUAAUUAAUCACAUCUAGUUCACUCUAUUUGGACCAAGAUACUUCAAAUAAGUUCUAUUUCCAUCUAUUGGUUUAGAUCACAUAUUAAAACCUCCAUGUGUCAGAGCUUUUAGAAUUUUUAUGCAAUAGAAAUUUUUGAAUACAGUGAAUUGCCAGCUGCCCGAUAACUCAUUAUAUUGUUGGUUCCACCUUCCACUCACUAUAGCUCAUGCUUCAAACAAUCUUUGACAGUUUCUUUUAUGUGAACUGUCACAUAUUCUAGUGAAAUACACAACAUUCCCAUCGAGACCUAACUCACUAUGAGAAUUUGAUUUUAGACAUACUUGUAGCAGUAGCACUUAGAACAGCUUUUAUAAUUCACCAUGGGCUUUCUAGUCAUAGAAGGGUUGUUAAUAAAAAGAACCAGGAAAUAGCUCUAUACUGUAUAAAACCAUUUAAGAGUAGUUGUACAAGCAUUAAGCAGAAGUAGUUUGGUUGUUUGCCCGGGUUGUUUUUUUCACACAUUGUGAUGUGUUUUAGACUAGUUACCAGGGCACAAAUUUGUUAUGGCCAGUGUUCAGUUCUUUCCAGAGACCUCCUCCAUUUGCAUUUACAUUUGAUGUCACUGAAAUGUGGUACAUCAAGUUUUAAGCAUGUCCAUAAAAAACGUCAAAUUGAAAAAAAAGUUUU